AAUUAAAUGUCACUGUUCUUUAGAAGAAGGUCGUUUGUUUGUGUGAAAGAUUUCUUAUCUGGGAUCUCUCUCUCUACAAAAACUAAAAAUUUAUGCUACGCACUUUAGGGAGAGAAAGAACUUAGUUUUAGACAGAGAGAGGGUGAGAGAGAGAGAACGGGGGGCUGGCCCCAGCAGAUCGAAAUCUUCAAUCUUUUGUUCAGUCUCAUGAGGAUCUGUGCUUCUUCAAUGCUUUGUCUAAUGAUUCAAUCCAUCAAAGGGUCAUGAGAAGAGGUGAUUCCAGGAUGUGGGUCUGAGGAAUGGGAACCCAAGUGCACGAGAAAGGCGUCUUGCCGGGUUAUUACUCCAUGAGGGACCUUAAUGAGGAUUCUACUAGUAGUAAUUGGCCCCUGAUUUAUGGAGAUAGGGCCGUAGCAAAUGGGCAAUAUUGUAAUGGUUUCACGUCGAGGAGUGUUGUGGAUGCCUGUUCAGGAUACAACAAGGAUGCAGUAAAACAGAAAAUGCUCGAACACGAGGCAAUAUUCAAGAACCAGGUUUCGGAACUCCACCGCCUUUACAGAAUCCAGAGGGACAUGAUGGAAGAAGUUAAAAAGAAAGAACUAAAUAAAAAUCGGAUGUCAUUGGAGCCAUCAUCUUCGUCUAGCAUUCUAGGAUCUCAAGUGCCGUACGAAGAUGCUCAUAAAUGGCACGUUACCGGCUUUCCUUUGACAAAUUCUGGUUACGCUAGACCGUGUACGUCUAGUACCGAAAUGGGUAAUUCUCUGUUAAGUUGUACACAGGGAAGCGAUGCACAGUCUGGUCGAGUUCAAUUGCAAAAUGGAUGUUCCUCGAAAAACUGUGAAGCAUUCGAGGCUAGGCCAUCGAAAGUGCGGAAAAAAUUGUUCGAUCUUCAAUUCUCGGCUGAUCAGUACAUCGAUACUGAAGAAGGCAAACAGUUGCAAGAUUCUAAAGAAUCCAUCUUCCCGAGCUACCCUGCUAGUGGAAAUUUUACUAUUGCACGAGAGAGUAGUAUGAAAUCGUUUCUUGGAGGCGGUGAAAAAACUGAUUCCCAAAAAGAUGCUUCGAUGUCACAUUUACGUUUAAGAAGUGUAAAUGGGUUGGCUGAUCUGAACGAACCUCCUCAGCUCGAAGAAGCAACUAUUCCACCGCCCGUUGAUUUUCUUGGUCAUUGUGCUAGCUACAAAGAGCCUGAAACCCGAAAUGUUACUGCUAAACCAAAUCCCGGCUUUUUAGCUCCACCUGAAAUGAUGUGGAACACUAACCACGGAACUUCCAAUGGCCCCCCGAGUAGUCCAUUUAUGGAGAGUAAGGGAAAAGAGCGAGACUGGCUCUCCUAUAAAUAUGAAGCAGGUCACACUAAAAGUAGUGUCAGCCCGUUACCUCAAUGUCUUGAACAAAAUAAGUUACUUACACCUUUUCAUCCAGUUGAAGCUAGACUCGGGAAAGCUCAUCAAAAUCCCGGAAUUCAUCACGCUCACAGUACUAGGGAUGACCUGUGGAGAGCGAGGGCAGGUUGUGGUUUAGAAACCCUUGAUAAAAGUCGUGAAAACUCCAAUUGUAGCCGUCUCGAACCUGGUGCAACGUCUCUGUUGCCCCAUCCGCAUCAUUUAGGUAAUUCCUCCGAGAUUUCCAACUCAUGGUCAUGUUCCGUCUCCAAUUGCGGUGGCAGGCCAACGAGUAGCCUGACUCAGAAGUUAACAUCGCUCCAUACAAGUGCGUCUUUGAACUCGUCUACAGAUGUGAGUAGAAACUCGCACCGUUAUUCUCACAGCCAUGAAACUAUCGGAGACAAGUGGCACGCCAAUGGCAGCUCUAUAGUGAAUCCCGGGGGUUUGGGCAGUGAGCUACCUGUCCAGAAUGGGUUUUACCAUGGAUCUUCAUCGGGGUUGAGGGAACCAACCGUUCGCUUCCCUUCAGUUUUUUUUAACACUCCGAACGAUAACAAGGGCUAUAAAGUAUUGUCUGGAUGCUCUACUAACCAUCAACAUGGGAAGUUUCUUGUUGGCUCCAACUUAACAGGCCCUAAGUCGGCAAAGGAUUUUGACCUGAAUGUUGCGGAUGAUGUCACCACGAAGCAAGAUGAAGAGUUCGUUGAUGAUAAAAGAAAGCUUGAAGACAGUGUAGCUAAAUUUCCUUGGCUUAAAUCUAAGCCUGUUCAGAAAAACGAGGGGAAAGUUCCAAACUCUGAUUCUGAAUUCAUUCGGUCUUCUUCGACUCCAUUUUGCAAGGGUGACAUGUCGAAGAAUCUCAAUGAAAUCCUCAUCCAAAAUGCUGCCUCGACUUUGAGUGAUAUUGGGGCCAAGGAGGUGUCGGGGACUCAAAAUGUCAGAAAAAUUCUCGGGGUUCCUAUUGAAAAUCGUUGUGCUUCCAAAAACGAGUCUCCUGUUUCAAAUUCAGCAACCAUUCCUUCCUUGCCCGAAGGAGAAAAUAUCAGAAAUGACAAGAAGAAUAUUGUGAUCGAUAUCAAUGUGGCUUUUGACGCUUCAAUUGCAGAGUCCGAGGAUCAAGCUGCCCGAGAACUUCAUGCUGCAGAUAGUAUGGACUCAAAAGCUACCGGUAUCAGAAACCACUUCGAUUUGAACUCGUGUAUUACUGAGGAUGAGGAUCUAUUAGGGCCCUGUGUUGUGAGCAAUAAUGUCAAAGCAAGGACGGUAUUGGAGAUAGAUUUGGAGGCUCCUGUUGUUUUAGACAACGAGGAAAAUAAUGUACCCGAGGAAGAGCAUAAACGAAAUGAGGCAUCUUUGCAGUUGCCUGAGCAAAAGGUUGAGCAAGCACAGGAUGAAGUUGCGAGGAUUGCUGCAGAAUCAAUAGUUGCCAUCUCAUCGGUUGUAGAUGGGACCCGUCUUAAUCCAUCUGAAGAUCCUUUGACAGAAUCGCUUCGGUGGUUUGUCAAUGCUGUCUCUUCGGGCAUCAAUGGAGUUGAGGGCAAGUCGAGCAAAGAAAUAGUAAGCAAGAAUGGUGCUCCUAACGAUAAUUCUUGUUCGGAGGAAAUAGAUUAUUUCGAGGCUAUGACAUUGCAACUAACAGAGACAAAGGAAGAAGACUACAUGCCUAAACCAUUUGUUCCCGAGUUCCAAAAUGUGGAAGAUAGUGCGGUGACUUCGGUCUCAAAUCGAACCCGAAAGGGUCCAGGAAGGAGGGGAAGGCAGCGAAGGGACUUUCAGAGGGACAUCCUUCCCGGUCUGACUUCCUUGUCGAGACACGAAGUGACCGAAGACCUUCAGACGUUUGGAGGAUUAAUGAGAGCUACGGGUCAUCCCUGGACCUCGGGAUUGACAAGAAGGAACGGAACCAGAAAUGGCGGUGGAAGGGGAAGGCGACGACGGGCUGCUGCCAUUAUUGACAGCGAGCCCGCCCUCGUUUCAACCCCACCAACCACUUCCCUAAUGCAUCAACACAACACUAUCGAAUCCAGUUUGGAGGACAGAAGCCUAACGGGAUGGGGAAAGACAACUAGGCGCCCUCGAAGGCAAAGAUGUCCCGCCACGGGUAACCUUUCUGCAAUCCCGUUGUCGUAAACCAUGGGAAAAAAAAAAAGAGAGGCUGUAAUCUAUACUCAUCAAUUUAUAGAGAGGAUAUAAGACAAGACAGACGAGGAAGCUUGUUUUAAUGACUUUCUGGUAGUGAGCUGAGGUUGGGGAUUAUCUUUGUACAUGUCUUUGUAGUCUAUAAUUUCAGUGGCUAUACCCAGAAUUGGUUGGUUACAAAUCUCUGUGUAUUCAGGAAUAGUCCUGCCUGAUAUUUUCUGGAUUUAUACAGCAUUUGCUUCAAAUAUGCUGUCUUAUUUGGGUGUAUUGGUUUUACAAAAGAGUUCCUUGUACACUAGGAUUUAGAUUGAUACAACAUAUAUUCAGGAGUUACCCCACCUGAUGUUUUUUUUCCCAUGAAUUUAUACAGCAUUUUUGCUUCAAA